AUGCAUGGAAAGAAGCUCUACUGUAUUACGGCUCCCGACGACGUGGAAUUUGAUUUUGCUGUGCGUCGAUCCACUGGCGCACGGAAGCAAGUAGCGCUCAUCUGCCAUCUCGACCAGGCUCUGGCUCGUGCUUCUCUUGGGGUGUGCUGGCUCCGCAAACUGCCCAAUCUGGGCACCCUUCCGCCCCCUGUGAUCGUCCGACUGAGACAGAACCCUGAGCAUAUCAGACAACCAAAGGAAGACACGGCAGCUAGGGCCAGACGGUGGUCGCUGACCAUGUGGCUGGCCAUGGAUAACGCUCGUUGA